AUGUCAUCCAUUUCAAUCCCUCUGUCAAUCCGAGCCAUCUCUACCAAGUUACCCAAUUUCAACCUCUUCCCAUCUUCUUCUUUGAAACCCUUAAUUUGUUCAUCUUUUUCCUCCUUCAAAUCAAUCUCAUUCCAACGUAUUCCAACAAAACCGCCCCAAUCUAUCCCUUCCCAAUCAUCUUCUUCAUCUCUUCAAUCCAUUGAAGAACUUCCCCCGAAACUUCAAGAAAUCAUUAAACUUUUUCAAGCAGCUCAAGACCCAAAAGCCAAAUACCAGCAACUUAUGUUUUAUGCCAACAAACUCCCUCCUCUUCAAGAUCAAUACAAAACUAAUGACAACAAAGUACAAGGUUGCGUUUCUCAGGUUUGGGUUAGAGCUUUUUUAGAUAAUCCCCCUAAUAAUAAUAAUAAUAAUGAGAAUCAAAAUGUUGCUGUUUAUUUUGAAGCUGAUUCUGAUUCAAUUAUGACAAAGGGUCUUGCUGCUUUACUUGUUUUGGGUCUUUCUGGUUGUUCUAUUUCUGAAAUUUUAAGGGUUUCUCCUGAUUUUAUUACCCUUUUAGGUCUUCAACAGAACUUAACUCCUUCCAGGAAUAAUGGGUUUUUGAAUAUGUUGAAGAUGAUUCAGAGAAAGGCUCUUCUUUUGGGCAUGGAAGCUGAAAAAAACCAAGAAACUAAGCUAUCUGGAAUGAGUUCACAAAUGGGUACUGAUCAUUUUGAACCUAAACAGGAACUUAAUGACUCUUCUGGGGUUGAAAGUUUGGAGCUUGAUACUCCUAAUAAGCCGAGUUCGGGGUUGGGGAGUAGAGGGGAGAGAAUUAGAGAGAAAUUGGAGAAAGAAUUGAAGCCUAUAGAAUUAGAACUUGAGGAUAUAUCUUAUCAACAUGCUGGGCAUGUAGGAGUAAAGGGGAGUGAUGGAGAAACACAUUUCAAUUUGAAGAUUGUUUCUAACGAAUUUGAGGGCAAGAGUUUGGUUAAGAGGCAUAGAAUGAUAUACAGUUUGUUGCAGGAUGAAUUGGAAGGAGGUUUACAUGCUUUGUCUAUCAUUGCUAAGACACCAGCUGAAGUAGAAGUUGCAAGAUGAGAUUGUUAGUAUGCACUCUCUAGUCUCUUCAAUGAGGUCUUAAUUCAUAUGGAAAAUAUAUGAUACUUUUUAUUUAAGGACAUAUGAAUAUAUGAUUGCUUGAAACCUAAGGUCCUAUUGCUACUGAUAUGUGAUGUACUCUUGCUGUUUUUGGGUUCAAGUAAACAGUGCUACUUUUAGAUGUUUUUUUACAUGUAUUAAAUUUUCAUUCUGAUUUUAGUUGUUAGCUAUCAUUAUAUUUAGGUAAUUAAACUUUGUUUCUCUUAGGUAUUUGUAAAUGGUGUCAUUGGAAUAAUACACUACCAUAUAGCUCAAUGCAAAAACCUUUAUUAUGUUAAAGGUUUAGCAAGUGAUUAUAUGCUUUUUGAUCACGACAUUGGAGGUGUGCUUAUGGUUAUGCAAUGCUUAUUUUCUUUGAA